UUUCAAACUGUUCUGAGACCAAUUUCAAUUCAUUUAAAAACGCUGUCGGUUAAGCCAUUAACUGCAAGGCAUCAAGUCAGCUGCCUACGUUCUUUUCCACAACUUUUUUUUUUUUUUUUAUUUCCAAAACAAGUUUUUAACAUUGAUAAAACCAAUGACAUGAAAUCAAGGAAAAACAUUCUUUUAAAUGAUUUAAUUAUGAAUUACUUGUUUUGCACACUUGUAAGGCAUUGCACUAAUGCUUGACCUGAAAAAACAGAAUGAGUAAAAAAAAUAAAUGAACGCAUAAAUAAUUGUAAAUGUCAUACAAGUGGUGUACCAGAAGAAGGGGACAAAGGUUUUUCCAGGCAGUUGACAAAUUGAAAUAAAUUUCUAAAAAAAUUGUUAAAAUAUGGAGUCAAGGAAUUUCAUAUUAUUUAGUAAAAGUUUAGGUUAAAGAAUUAUUCCUUUUAAAUGGGGUUUCUUGACUAUUUGAAAUCUUUUUCUUGACUGAAAAGUCAAGGGACCUUUUUUUUUUUUUUUUUUUUUUUUUAUUUGUUAAAUCAUUGGCAAUGCUUCAUGGGAUUAUAGUCCGUUACCUCGUGAAAGACGGUAACUACAGUCUUGUACUUUUGUCUUUUUGUCCGAUUUACAAAUACUUUUCUUGCCUCAAAUCAAAGGUUAUAAUGUCGCAAUUCACAUCGGAGCUGGUUGGUUUGGUUUAUGGCUUACAACUCUUUUAUGGAGGAGUUCAUGAAAAGCCUAUGCAAAAAAUUAACGGGAAAAAUACUUACGGAACCCAGACGGCUGAAAAAGUGCGCGGGAACUGUUGUACUGGCGGUCUUCCAGAGCAUUAUAUCAAGUCUAGCCUACAUAGGUUAGCAAAGCAAUGCAUAACGCAGACAUUCUUUGGUCUGUCCACUGGCGAGGAGACAAGAGGCCGUUCUUUUUUAAUGGACGUCUAUGGAGGAGAGGCUUCAUUGUGCUGAAUAAACUGCUUUUGUGAGGAAACCGUUCAUCACUUAAUGAACUGACCACCUGUCCGCUAAUCUUAAACAUAUUUUACAAUGAACAAUCCUUUUGGAAUUAACUUUGUGUGGAGUUUACUACGAUAAAACUGCUGUGUUAUUAGAGAAGACACGGAUGAUUUUGCGACAGGUAUGUGCCAGUUUACGGCUCUUGACAUUCAUUUGUAUAAUAUCCGCAAACGGUGACUUACAGUCGUAACACGCUAGUUGACCGUUACGCUCUCUCAUACGGUAAAAGCGUGAAAUGUUUCAUAUAUAGAAGCUCUCUGGUUCUUCUCGGGCAUGCGCAAAAAACCGCGUGCCACUGAGAGCGCGAAAGUUCAAGCAUGUGUCUCAUGGCUUUUUAAUCUGAAUUUCUUUUCCAGGUUUAAGUCUGAAUUGCAUAGAUUUAUUACAUCACAGGGCAAAGUAGUCUCGGUUAGCUUCAACAUGAAGUAAAUUUGACCACAAGUUUAGAAUCGCAAUGUGCACUCCAGUUAGGCAGCAUUUUUAAAUCAUUGACAGUGCUGGAAGCAGGAUAAAGGUGAAUGCUGACAUUUAUUUGCACACUUAAAAUUUAAGGUUAUAAGUGUUCUCUCAGCUCGCAGUUUUAGUUAACGCAGUGAAUUGCUUAGGGUUUACUGUCUAGUGCAGUCAGUAAGUAGGUUGUUACCAGUCUGUGAACUCUGUAAUAUGCCAGCCUGUAGCUAUUAGUCUUGAGGAUAAAGGUUCCUUUUGCAUGUUAUAUAUCAUUAGAUAAUUCAGCUUGUAAGAGAGUUGCUUACAGUGUCAGUAAGGCUGUAAGCCAGACAGAUAAUAUUUUACAACAUGACGGAAAUGAGUUCACGCAGCGAAAGGACUGAGGAUAUAAAGGAGGAAUUGAGGACUAAUAAAAAUGGACAUACUGUGGAACCAGAGGCUCCAGAAACCAAGGAAGACCUGGAAACCCAAACGCAGGAGCCUCAAGCCUGGAUGUGGUCUGUCAUUUACCUUUGUUUCUAUGGCUUCAUGGUUCAGCUGAAACCUGGACAGCCUUUUAUCACACCAUACCUGCUCAGUACAGAGAAGAACUUCACUAGAGAACAGGUCACCAAUGAAAUCAACCCAGUGCUGUCGUAUUCCUACAUGGCAGUGCUGGUGCCUGUUUUUCUGCUUACUGAUUACCUGCGCUACAAACCUCUGCUGAUCCUUCAGAGUUUGAGUCAUGUUUCCAUUUGGCUCUUGCUCCUUUUGGGCACAUCAUUACUGGAAAUGCAGUUAAUGGAGUUCUUUUAUGGCAUCACCAUGGCUGCCCGUGUGGCCUACUCCUCAUACAUCUUCUCACUGGUGCCAGCAACUGUUUAUCAGCAUGUAGCCAGCUACUCCCGCGCCUCUGUGCUUAUGGGAGUCUUCAUAAGCUCUGUUUUGGGUCAGAUGUGUGUAUCACUAGGUGAUCUGUCCUACUGGUCCCUCAGUGCUGUGUCUUUGGGGUUUGUCACUUUUGGGCUUCUGUUGUCCGUCUUCCUGCCAUGGCCAAAGCGUGGCAUGUUUUUCAACCAAACCUGCCUGGAGGAGGAGAGAAAGGAUGCAGCUCAGUCAGAACUGGCUAGAAUUAAACCUGAUGCGAAGGAUGGCAGUGUGACAGCACAAGGCAAUAACAGUAGUGCCCAUUCCUGGACCAAUUCAGUGCUGGUUCAGAUGCUGAAGGAGUUGAAAAAUAUUGUGAAAGUGCCUAGUUUAAGGCUCUGGAGCUUUUGGUGGGUGUUCAACUCAACUGGUUACUAUCUAGUUGUCUUUUAUGCACACAUCCUGUGGAAUAAAGUUUACCCUUCCACAGAGAACAAGCAUGUCUACAAUGGAGCUGUUGAAGCUGCCUCUACAUUAUUAGGUGCAAUCACAUCAUUUGCAGCAGGCCAUGUGAAAAUACGAUGGAGUCUUUGGUCUGAACUGGUGAUUGGAUUAAUUACUGUGGCACAGGCUGGUCUGCUGCUGGUCAUGUGCACCACAGAUAAUAUCUGGGUUUGCUAUGUGGCAUAUACCCUGUUCAGAGGCUUCUACCAGUUCUUGGUGCCUAUUGCCAUUUUCCAGAUUGCAUCCUCUCUUACUAAAGAACUGUGUGCUUUAGUGUUUGGAGUAAACACUUUACUUGGGACAAUCCUAAAGACAAUAAUCACCAUCAUUGUGGCAGAAAAGAGAGGAUUGGCUUUGAAUGUUCAUUCUCAGUUUUUUGUUUAUUUCUUUUACUUUACUCUACUGACUGUGAUUUAUCUGGGCUGUAGUGCUUGGAACAUCACACGUCAUUAUCGAGAGCAGAGGAGGUGCCCAUGGAAGUGGCUGUAGCCACUGAGCUCCGUUUCAAGGCAGCAGCUGCUAGUGAGGCACAUUGUGCCACUAAUGUAACCAGCAUCAAUGCAUGAGUUUCAAAGGAACUGUGCCCACAGGUGGAAUUUUUCCAUCACUUAGACUGUUACUGUUAAAAUCAUACAAAUUUUCAACAUUUUAUGUAUGAAUCGCCUUUAUUUUUAUUGUUUUCUAAUGUCUAUCCGUUUGUUUUAGGAACAGCACUAGAUUUGAUUUUAUCGUCAACAAAACCAUACACGUUUUGUGGAAAUGUAGUGGUGUUGUGCAUUGUCACAAAUGGCCAAUAGGAUGGUAUGUCAGUGGAAAAUGUAGUCUGAGGAUUUGCCUAUAGACCUGGAUGUUCUUGGUAAUUUCAUAAGGGAAAAAAGUCUUGCUUGUAAAAAGCUGAUUCACAAAUAAAGAUUUUUGUUAGGGAAAAGAUGGCACCUAAAAUAUUUUUUGUUUGAAAGGCAAACAUGAAAAGUAAUUUCCUGCAAGAUGCUAUACAUUGUAAUGUCAGAAGUAUCUUUUGCAGUUAAAUUUUAAAUAGUUACAGUAUUUCAAUAAUUGCUGCUGUUUUUACUCCAGACCAUGUCUUAUAUAUAUGUAUGUGUGUAAAUACUGAGAUUUUAGUAUGGCAUACUAAAAUCAAUACUUUAUUUCUCAACAUUUUGUCUCUUUAGCUUGGAAUAAUAGACUAUUUAUGUAUAAACUUUGACAAUCUAGAAACACAACCUAUGACUUUAGAGAAGGUUCUAACAAAAUAUGCUUACAAAGUUAUGAAGUCAUAUUAUGAUACUUCUGCCAGUGGUCAGGCACUUUUAAAUCCCACAGUUGGUAGUUAGUAAAAUAAAUAAUAAAUUAAAUAAAUUUGUCAAAUGGGGACCAACAGAGCAAGACCUUCUUUUUUGGACUAUUACAUAUUGGACGAAUAAUUAAAAUUUUUUUGCAGUAUCAUUCGCGACUACAAUGUGUUUUAGGACUUUGUCCUUUUUCUACUGAGUUUACUAUAUGCAGUAUAUCUGUGUAUAAUACUCACUACUGGAGGUGCACCCUUAUCAGUCAGAAGUUGUGAUCACUGUGAUCUAAAUUGCCUAGUUUAGGAUUAAUUACAUCAGGCCUUGUGAUACAGUAUGAAAGGUAAAUGUGUUGUCAACUUGUCAUGGUUAUGCACUAGUUCAUAUUGUGUGAAAUGUAAACUAGUUCACUAUGUUCAUAUUGUUUAAACAUUAAAUAAUAGUGUUGAUUUUCAAUCAAGACACAGGUGCACUUGAUGUAAUACAGUGGUUUCUGCACUGCCUUCUCUUUUUACAAUGUGCACACCAACAUGCAUAUUAGUCAACAUGUGACUUAUCAUACAUUUGUUCAUGUAUUUGAGGUGAGACGGACACAAUUUUUUUUUAACCUAACUUUUUAGUUUUAAAUGGAAGAGAUUUAAAAAAUAAACUUGUACAUGAAAAGUACUUAAGUAUUGUAAAGUACUGGUCAACUGGGUUAGGGAAGGAAAUGUAUUAUUACUGCUUGAAAUGAAACUCCACUGCAGAGAUCCAAUACUUUUUCUUUGCUCUAAAACAGCACUAAAAUUAUAAAGAUGAAUUUUAAGAUGUGAAUUUGCAAUUUGCUUAAUCUUGGAGAAAAUUUUGCACUACAAGUCACAACUGCCAAUAAGAAAAAUACAGUAUUUGUGUUUAUGCAUUGUUUUUGAGUAAGAUUGGUUAACUUCAGAUCAUCUGUAAUUUAAAGGAAUAAUAGUGGGUGAACUAUUCCUUUAAUGAAACCAUUACCAAAAAAUAUUAGAAACAUUUCAGGAUUGAUACAAACCAGGAUUACUGUUAAAAGUUGUUCAUUUAUUAGUAUGUUCAGUUGAAAAUACAGUAACAAUAAUUGCUCCCACAUUUAUAGUGGUCAUAUUUGAAAACUAGACAUUGUUAAAUUGAUAGUACAGCAGGCAAGAGGCUAUCAAACUUGAUUUCACAAUGUUCUUCAACUGCAUAUUGCAAUGACAUGAUUGCUUGAGAACCAAAGCGGGUGAAAACUCUCUCGACCCCAUGAAAUCAAAAUGGGUGUUUUAAAGCUGCUAGUGUGGGGGCCUGGGUAUCUCAGCGACUAUUGAGUAUUGACGCUGACUACCACCCCUGGAGUCAUGAGUUUGAAUCUUGGGCACGCAGAGUUGACUCCAGCCAGGUCUCCUAAGCAACCAAAUUGGCCUGGUUGCUAGGGAGGGUAGAGUUACAUGGGGUAACCUCGUGGUCGCAAUUAGGGGUUCUCACUCUCAGUGGGGCACGUGGUGAGUUGUGUGUGGCUCGCAGAGAAUAGCAUAAGCCUCCACAUGCUGUGAGUCUCUGCGGUGUCAUGCACAGCGAGCCACAUGAUAAGAUGUGCGGAUUGACUGCCUCAGAAGCAGAGGCAACUGAGACUUGUCCUCCGCCACCUGGAUUGAGGUGACCGUGCCACCACGAGGACCUACUAAGUAGGCAUUCCAACUUAGGAGAAAAGGGGGAUAAAAAUAAAUAAAUAAAUGCUACUAGUGUACUCCAAAAAGUUGACAAAAAGAACUUUGACCAGAAAAAUGCAUUUAAAAUAAUCUCAAGAAAAGGGACCAAAAAUAUUGAUGUCUUCUUUCACUGAUACAUCUAAAUGUUAAAUUUUUUACCAACUUCUGACAAGCAAGUAGCAAGUGAUGGUUCACAGCUUUGAUGUAAACUAAAGUCUGUUGUCCAUUUAAAAAAAAAAAAAAAGACAAGCCCUUUGAUAUGACCAGCUCCAACUGGAAAAAUGUGCUUGUCAAGCCAUUUCAUGGGGUCUAUAAAAAUGUAAUUCUGGUAAUACUUAGAAAAAAUAAUAAUAAACCAAACCAAAAACACAUGAUUUAUCUCUUUUGUUUAAUAGUUUUAUUUUUCUUAAAAAUAUAUAUUUUGAGAGACAGUCAACUGUCAUUAUGUACUGUUACAGUCAUGGAAUGUUUGUUAAAUUGUUAAACAUGUUAUAUUUAAUAUAU